AUGAAUACAGUCGAUAUUAUGGAAAUGUUUAGAUCUAUGGAAAAUAGUAACAAUAUUACAAAUAUCAAUUUCGAUGAAUACAAGGGUAGCAGUGCCAUCAUUAAUUAUGAAAAAAGCCUUCAAAAUAAUAAGGUUACUGAUAAUUGUAACAACAACAUCAAUGCUGAUGACUUAGAUCUAUUAUACUAUUGUAAGCCUACAAUAAAUCCAAAGAGUUUGGUAACGACGGUAUUGAAUGCUAAAUCUAGUGACACUAUACCAAGUUUAGAUAUUAAUUGUGCUGGUAAUGAUAAUAUUGCAUGCUGUAAUAAUUCUUCUAACAUAAGUACUAGUUCUACAGAAUAUGAAGAUAAUGAUUAUUACGAAGAUGGAGACGAACAAUUUUAUGAAAAUCAAUACAAUAAGAUCAAUAAUUUCAACACCGAUAAUAAUAAUGAUAGCGGUAACGGUAACAACAGUGGUGGGUUGUUUGGGUUGAAUUAUUUGAAUGGGUGUUACAAUAACAUUGCUAGAAAUAACAGUGUUAUCACUAAUAAUAGUAAUACUAGUACUUACCUGAAUAGUUUAGAAUCAUCUCCUAUACCAGGUAGCAAUAAUAAUAAUAAUAAUAAUAAUAAUAAUAGUAACGGCGAUACUUUUUUUGUUAGUGAUAACAAUAAUAGCAGUAACACCAUAGAUGAUUAUCUAGAAUCACCAAUUACUGUAUCAUCUAGUACUUCUAUUAGUAACAUGAAUAAUAAUUCUUCAACUGACAUUUUUUUAUUAAGUGAAUUUUUAAACAACGCGUUGGUAAACACCAAAAAUGCAACAACAACAAAAGUGGUCACUGCCGUUACUAAUAAUAAUGAUGAUUGUGGCAGUGAUAGUAAUGAUAGUAUUAAUAACGUUAAUGUUGGUGCAGGUUUGCUAAAUAAUAUCAACAUUAAUACACCACCAUCUAUUAAUAUUGGCGGUAAUGUCGUCGGUGAUAUUGCUAAACCAAUACUGUUAUCUUCUUCUGCCUCUACGUCUAUUAAUUUUCCAUUAUCUCCAGUAUCCGUUUCCAAUAUUAAUAAGAAUAAUAACGCUAAUGGAGUCAAUGGUAAUAGUAAUAAUGCUUUUCAACAAACUGGUAACAAGAUAAUACCAGCAACUACAACUACGAAAAGGAGGACCGCCAAGAAUAAAAUGAAUCACAUUACUACAAAGAGCUCAACACAUAUUAAUAGCGGUAAGAGUUUGCGUUCGAAGCAUCUAACUCCACCAACAUCGCCUAAAGUGAUAGCCAUUGUUAAUGAUGCUGACAAGAGCAAAAAUAAUAAUAAUAAUGUGUCUGAUGCUGUUAUCAAUAGUACUGCGCCAAAAGUUAUACUUCAUCCAAAGAAAACCAGGGGACGUAAGCCUGUGGAGGAUCCUGAUAAGCACUACGCAUGUGAUUAUUGUGAAAGAAAGUUUAAAAGACAAGAGCAUUUGAAAAGACAUGUUAGGUCUCUGCAUAUGGGUGAGAAACCUUACGAAUGUAGCACAUGUCACAAAAGAUUUAGCAGAAGUGACAAUCUAACUCAGCAUACAAAAACUCAUAAAAAUUGA